UCAGUAUGGGAAGCCUUUCGUUGGACUCCUCCAAUCCACAAAAGGGUGCCAGUGGAGUUGGAAACAGUCCUACACUUGUAUGCACACCGCUUCUUGGAACCACAAUCACACAGAUGCUGAUUGAGAUGCGAAGGGCCAAGGAAAUUGGCGCUGACCUCGUUGAGAUCCGGCUUGAUUGUUUGAGAAGCUUUAACGCAAGACCCGAUCUUGAAACUCUCAUAAAGCACAGUCCUUUACCCACUAUUGUCACUUACAGACCGUUAUGGGAAGGGGGUCAAUAUGAAGGAGAUGAAGCCAAGAGACAGAAUGCACUUCGACUAGCAAUGGAACUGGGAGCUGAUUAUAUUGAUGUUGAACUUCAGGUUGCUCAUGACUUCAAUAGUUCCCUAUAUGGAAAGAAGCCCGAUAAUUUUAAGGUGAUAGUAUCUUCACACAAUUUUUACGAUACUCCGUCAUCUGAGGCCAUUGGCAAUCUGGUAGCAAGAAUACAAGCCGCCGGAGCCGACAUUGUGAAGAUAGUGACCACUGCAUUGGACAUUACAGAUUGUGCACGUAUUUUCCAAAUCACUGUACAUUCACAGAUCCCAACAAUAGGAAUUGCACUGGGAGAGAGGGGUACAAUUUCUCGGUUACUAAGUCCCAAAUUUGGUUGUUAUCUCACAUAUGGUGCACUAGAUGCGGAUGCUAUCUCAGCUCCUGGACAAACAACAGUAAAAGAUUUGCUAGAACUGUACAAUUUCAGGCUUAUAAGGCCUGAUACUAAAGUAUAUGGAAUUAUAGGAAAGCCAGUGGGUCACAGUAAGAGUCCUCUUUUGUUCAAUGCAGCCUUCAAGUUAGUUGGGCUAAAUGCAGUUUAUAUGCACUUUUUGGUGGAUGAUGUGGACAAGUUUUUCAAUACUUACUCAUCCCCUGACUUUGCCUCUGGAUGCAGUUGCACAAUUCCUCAUAAGGAGGUUGCAAUUAAAUGCAUGGAUGAGGUUGAUCCUAUUGCCAAGAAAAUAGGAGCUAUCAAUAACGUUGUUAGGAGACCCGAUGGAAAGUUAAUAGCUUUUAAUACUGAUUACAUCGGAGCUAUCACUGCCAUUGAGGAUGGAUUACGAGGUUUGGAUGGUGCAAUACCAGCACUUGGAUCACCUUUGGCUGGCAAGUUGUUUGUUGUACUAGGAGCUGGUGGUGCUGGGAAAUCACUUGCUUAUGGUGCUGCACAGAAAGGGGCAAGAGUUGUAGUUGCUAACCGCACGUUUGAACGUGCUAAAGAAUUAGCUGACAAAGUUGGUGGAAAGGCUAUGACUCUGAGUGAAGUGGAAAAUUUCCACCCAGAAGAAGGGAUGGUGCUUGCAAAUACAACAUCUGUAGGAAUGAAGCCUAAUAUUGAUCAAACCCCCGUACCAAAGCAUGCUUUGAAGCAUUAUUGCUUAGUGUUUGAUGCUAUUUACACACCCAAAGACACCAGGCUAUUGCGAGAUGCAAAAGAAACCGGAGCUGCUAUUGUAUACGGGACAGAGAUGUUGAUCCGCCAAGGCUUUGAGCAGUACAAAAACUUCACCGGCUUACCUGCACCUGAAGAUUUAUUUAGACAACUGAUGGAGAAACAUGCAUAAUUGCAA